CACCGGGCAGCUGUCCGCGCGCACAUCCGCCGUGUAGUUCUGCCCAACAUGGCAGGAUCUAAGAGUAAGAAGAAGAACAGAGAGGAGGCUGAUAAAUACUCCGUCCUGUUACCGACCUACAACGAGCGGGAGAACCUGCCCCUGAUCGUUUGGCUGCUGGUGAAGUACUUUGGGGAAAGUGGAUACAACUACGAGAUUAUAGUCAUCGAUGAUGGAAGCCCUGAUGGGACACUCCAGAUCGCAGAGCAGUUACAGAAAAUUUACGGAGAAGAUAAGAUUGUCCUGAGACCAAGAGAAAAGAAAUUGGGUUUAGGAACAGCAUACAUCCAUGGCAUUAAGCAUGCCACUGGGAACUUCAUUAUUAUUAUGGAUGCAGAUCUUUCUCAUCAUCCCAAGUUUAUCCCAGAAUUUAUCAAGAAACAGAAAGAAGGAGGAUAUGAUCUAGUGUCUGGAACACGGUACAGAGGAGAUGGCGGUGUGUAUGGAUGGGACCUGCGGCGAAAGCUCAUUAGCCGUGGGGCAAAUUUCGUCACACAGGUGCUGUUGAGGCCUGGAGCAUCAGAUCUGACAGGAAGUUUUAGGCUUUAUAAGAAGGAUGUGCUGGAGCGUCUGGUAGAGCGCUGUGUGUCUAAGGGCUAUGUGUUCCAGAUGGAGAUGAUUGUUCGUGCUAGACAACUAGGCUACUCCAUUGGGGAGGUUCCAAUCUCUUUUGUGGACCGUGUUUAUGGGGAGUCCAAACUGGGAGGGAAUGAAAUUGUCUCCUUCCUGAAAGGACUGCUUACUCUUUUUGCCACAACGUGAUCUGUUACAUGGCAAUCUGUUACAUGUGAAUGGUCUCAGCAUAGCAAAUCUGCAGUCAGCUGAUGCAUUCUAGACUGCUAGUUAUCUUAUUAAAGACAAAGAUGUCAUGAUUAUGAAUUGUAGCUCUUGUGGCACCUUUUGGUCCUGUCUAGUUGUUAUGCAUUAAUUGGUUUUCAUUUGAUUAUUUUUCCUUAUAUAAUGGUUCAUUUUAGACAAUGGAUGAAGUGGUUGGAAGCUGCGCAGGUCCCAGGCCUGUGCCCACAUUCUCGUCUGAUCACAAAUUGCGACCGUAAUGCACUUUUUAUUGACAUUUGUGCUAAAGCAUCUCAGCAUUUAAAAUAUUUGGCUUUAAGAGGAUGUUCAACAAAAAUGUCUAGGACCAAAUGUAGAUGGAAAGUACAAAAAUGCAUAAUGUAUGCAAAAAUGAGUCUUUUUGGAGGGACAAAAUGAAUAUUUUCAUCAGUUGACAUUGUUAAAGCAUAUAUACGAUGGUGGUGUAAGAAACUAAGUGGUACAACAGAUACAGUUGUAUGUUAAAUAAGUCUGCAUUAGUCGGCAUAGUGUUGGAAUAGGGGUUUUAUACCUUCAGUGAUAUGAUAGAGAUUGACUGAGACAAUACGCUGUUAAUCAAUAAACAUUUUACAUGAUUUCUA